AUGGACAAGAAAGAAUUCAUCACAGACAAGGAGUCGCAGCCAACAUACUCCACCGCCACAGCCAAGGUUAACAAUACCAUGGGCAGGAAGGAAUUGAUUACGUACGAGGAGCCCCGGUCCGGCAAGGAGACCCUGGAGACCCUGGAGGGCACGGACGAGGCCAGAGAAGGAAAGGACCAGGAGGCCACGAUCAUGACUCAACAAAUCGACCUGAGGACGUUGCAACAGCUAUCUUCGUCUGGAGCGGUCGCUCAGGUUGCAAGAAAUAGAAAGUGA